CCCCGAGGAAAUGAACAAGCUGACCGAGAGCACCUACAAAAAUGUUAUGGAACAGUUCAAUCCUGGACUGCGGAAUUUAAUAAACCUGGGGAAAAACUAUGAAAAAGCUGUUAAUGGUAUGAUUCUUGCCGGAAGAGCAUACUACGAUGGCGUUGCAAAAAUAGGUGAUAUUGCCGUGGCAUCCCUUGUUUCCAAAGAUCUAGGUCACGUUCUCAUAGAAAUUUCUAUCGCGCAGAAGAAGCUAAAUGACAGCUUAGAAGAAAGUUUCAAGAAAUUCCAUAAAGAGAUUAUAUCUGAGCUGGAGAAGAAAACUGAGCUAGAUGUAAAAUACAUGAAUGCUACUUUGAAGAGAUACCAGAAUGAACAUCGAAGCAAACUGGAUUCUUUGGAAAAGUCUCAGGCUGAGUUGAAGAAAAUCCGAAGGAAAAGUCAAGGAGCAAGGAAUGCGACAAAAUAUGAACAUAAAGAAACAGAGUAUUUGGAAACCGUGAGUUGCCGACAAAGUGAUAUCCAAAGAUUCAUCGCUGAAGGGUGCAGAGAGGCCUUGCUUGAAGAGAAGAAGCGGUUCUGCUUUCUGGUGGACAAGCACUGCAGCUUUGCUCAGCACAUGAACUCCUACCACAUCGCGUGCUCAGAGUUACUCACGAGCAAGUUUCCCCGGUGGAUGGAGACCUGCAGCGAUGCCACCAAGGUGCCCGAGAGGAUCAUCAAUAUGAUCGAGGAGAUGAAGGUCCCUGGCCCCCCGCCACUCUCUGGGACUCCUAUGCCAUCACCGAUGCUGGAAAGAAGCAGUAUGGCUGAAAACCAUUAUGAAUCGCUUCACCGAAGUCACCCCAAAGUGCCCACUGCACCUUCAGGAAGACCCUACACGAGUCCAUUGGUUGAUAUGUUUAACAAUCCACCUGGGAUUCCAACGGCACCUUCAGAGAGACUGAAUCAUUCAACGGGUCCCGCAGAUGACUCCAAUUUAUCCCGAUCAGCUUCUGUUGCUACAGGACUAAAUAUAAUGAGAAGACAGAAAGUUAAAACCAUCUUUCCACACACUGCUGGGAACAACAAGACUCUGCUUAGUUUUGCACAAGGAGACAUCAUCACACUACUUAUAUCUGAGGAGAAGGAUGGUUGGCUGUACGGGGAACACGAUGUGACCAAGGUAAAAGGAUGGUUCCCGUUAUCGUACACAAAGCCAGUGGAAGAACCAGCUGAGACCGUUCCUACACCAGUGCCAAGCGCCGCACCGAUCCGAAGCAUCAGCUCAGGAAACUUGACAGAGAAAGGAGGUGUGGUCCUUCCCCCACCCGAUUAUUUAGUAACAGAGCAAGCGAGAGCAACUCCAGAAAUAAGACCAGAGUCUUCCAGAAGUACCGCUGUUAGACCUCCAGUGGCCCCAUUAGAAAGCCCCGCUUUGAAACCUAACAUGAAUGGCAUUGUAAAACCACCUUUCCUAAGUGGAGAAAAUCCAUUUGCUGCCGUGCAGCUCCGACCGACAGUAACAAAUGACAGAUCAGCACCGAUACUUCGAUAAGCGACGUUGGCGGAAUGCUUUGUACUCUUCCGUGUAAACACGACUCCAUCUUCAGCAAUAUGAUUUUUCAGAUGCUAUGUGAAGUUGUUUUUAAACUUUAUUUAAAUGUAAUUAAUGUAUACAGACUCAGAAAGUUGCAAAGAAUUUCCUGACUUUUAAAAAAAAAUCUUGUUGCUUCCUAGAUCAGCUAAUUGUUGAUGGGUUAAAAUGCUUGAAAAAGAUUCUCAUAAUUUUACAGUGUGCCUUGUUUAGGAAGACAGAAUUCUGAAAAUAGGGGUGAGGCUUGAGUUCUAUAAUUACCAGCAUAACUAAUCAUUUAUUCCUCUUGCCGGUUGAAUCCUAUGGGUAAGUUCUGAUUAUUUAAGUUUCCUUGAACCAUAUACGUAGAUAAAUGAAUACACUUAGUGGAGUUUUAAAUAGUCAAGCCAUUUAAGGUUUGCCUUAACAUACUGUAAAACUUUGUGUAUAGUAAUAUUUUCAUUAUACUGCUUAAGAAAAAUGUCUUAGGGUACAAUAAGAAUAAAUAUUUAUCUUCUGAAUGAUCAGAAAAUGUAAUAUUCUUGGAACAUGGUUUGCAAUAUGUUGAAGCACAAUGUAACUAUUACACUGUCUUUUUUUUAGCAGGAUUCUGAUUCAUAAGAAAGGUAAAUACAAAUUCUUGCAGUUAGUGAUGAAUAAUUACAAAUGAAAACCUAGAUAUUC